CGUACCAAGAUGGCGGCAGAAGCAGCUGGUGGGAAGUACAGGAGCACAGUCAGCAAAAGCAAAGACCCCUCGGGGCUGCUCAUCUCCGUGAUCAGGACUCUAUCUACCAGUGAUGACGUGGAAGACAGAGAAAAUGAAAAGGGCCGUCUGGAAGAAGCCUAUGAAAAGUGUGACCGUGACCUGGAUGAACUGAUUGUACAGCACUAUACUGAGCUCACAACAGCCAUCCGCACCUAUCAGAGCAUCACAGAGCGCAUCACUAACUCUCGAAAUAAAAUCAAGCAGGUAAAGGAAAAUCUGCUUUCCUGCAAGAUGUUGUUGCAUUGCAAACGGGAUGAGCUCCGGAAACUAUGGAUUGAAGGAAUUGAGCAUAAGCAUGUCCUAAAUCUGCUAGAUGAAAUUGAGAAUAUCAAGCAAGUGCCUCAAAAACUGGAACAAUGCAUGGCCAGCAAACACUAUCUCAAUGCCACAGACAUGCUGGUGUCAGCAGUAGAUUCUUUAGAAGGCCCUCUCCUUCAGGUAGAGGGUUUGAGUGACCUGAGACUGGAGCUUCACAGCAAGAAGAUGAACCUUCAUCUGGUUCUCAUAGAUGAGUUGCAUCGACACCUGUACAUCAAAUCUACUAGUCGUGUUGGACAGCGCAAUAAAGAAAAAGGAAGAAUGAGCUCUCUUGUGAAAGAUGCUUCCCCAGUACCCCUGAUUGAUGUCACAAACAUGCCGACACCUCGAAAGUUUCUUGAUGCUUCUCAAUUUGGUACUCCUGGAAACUCAACUGUCAGAGAAUUGAACCUGCAAGACAUCAAGGAAGAUUUGGAGCUGGAUCCAGAAGAGAAUAGUAACCUCUUUAUGGGCAUUCUCAUCAAGGGGCUAGCCAAACUGAGGAAGAUCCCAGAAACAGUUAAGGCUAUCAAGGAACGCCUGGAACAAGAACUAAAGCAAAUUGUUAAGAGGUCCACGACUCAGGUAGCAGACAAUGGCUACCAGAGAGGGGAGAACCUCUCUUUGGAGAACCAGCCAAGAUUGCUUCUGGAGCUUCUGGAGCUUCUCUUUGACAAAUUUAAUGCUGUGGCUGCUGCACACUCUGUGGUCCUGGGAUACCUCCAACAGACUGUUGUACCUCCGUCAACUCAGCAUGAAGACAUCAAAUUGUAUGAUAUGGCAGAUGUUUGGGUCAAGAUACAAGAUGUUCUGCAGAUGCUGCUGACAGAAUAUUUGGAUAUGAAAAACACUCGGACGGCUUCUGAACCAUCAGCUCAGCUUAGUUAUGCAAGUACAGGACGGGAAUUUGCAGCUUUUUUUGCCAAAAAGAAACCUCAAAGACCAAAAAACUCUCUCUUUAAGUUUGAGUCAUCCUCCCAUGCUAUCAGCAUGAGUGCUUAUUUGCGUGAGCAGAGAAGGGAGCUGUACAGCCGCAGUGGAGAACUUCAAGGAGGACCUGAUGACAACUUAAUUGAAGGUGGAGGAACAAAAUUUGUCUGCAAACCUGGAGCCCGAAACAUAACUGUCAUAUUCCAUCCAUUACUCAGGUUUAUUCAAGAGAUCGAGCAUGCCCUGGGACUUGGUCCAGCCAAACAGUGUCCUCUUCGAGAGUUUCUCACCAUGUAUAUCAAAAACAUAUUCCUCAACCAGGUCUUGACUGAAAUCAACAAAGAGAUUGAAGGAGUCACCAAAACUUCUGACCCUUUAAAGAUCCUGGCUAAUGCAGAUACCAUGAAAGUACUGGGAGUACAGCGGCCUCUCCUACAGAGCACAAUAAUUGUGGAGAAGACCGUGCAAGACCUCAUGAAUCUGAUGCAUGAUCUCAGUGCAUACUCCGAUCAGUUCCUCAAUAUGGUGUGUGUUAAGCUCCAGGAGUACAAGGAUACCUGCACAGUUGCCUACAGGAGCAUUGCCCAAUCAGAGGAGAAACUGGUAAUCAGUGCAUCUUGGGCAAAAGAUGAUGACAUCAGCAGACUUUUAAAAUCUUUGCCAAACUGGACUAAUAUGGCUCAACCCAAACAACUGAGACCUAAGAGAGAAGAGGAAGAAGAUUUCAUAAGGGCAGCCUUUGGCAAAGAAUCUGAAGUUCUAAUUGGGAACCUGGGUGAUAAAUUAAUCCCGCAACAAGAGAUCCUACGUGAUGUCAGUGACCUGAAAGCUUUGGCCAAUAUGCAUGAAAGCUUGGAGUGGUUGGCAGGACGAACAAAGUCAGCUUUUUCUAAUCUUUCAGCAUCUCAAAUGUCUUCCCCUGGUCAAGAUAACCACAUGAGCAUGGAUCUCCCUCCAGGAUCAGAACAGAUCAUGCAGACUCUCAGUGAACUGGCCAAAUCUUUCCAGGACAUGGCUGACCGCUGCCUGCUGGUUCUACAUUUGGAAGUGAGAGUUCACUGUUUUCACUAUCUCAUCCCUCUGGCAAAGCAAGGGAAUUAUGCCAUUGUUGCCAAUGUGGAAAGUAUGGAUUAUGACCCUCUGGUGGUUCGGCUUAAUAAAGACAUAAGUGCCAUUGAAGAGGUCAUGAGUGCCAGUCUCCAGCAGCACAAGUUCCAAUAUAUCUUUGAAGGUUUGGGCCAUUUGAUUUCCUGCAUUUUGAUCAAUGGGGCUCAGUACUUCAGGCGUAUCAGUGAAUCCGGCAUCAAGAAAAUGUGUAGGAACAUCUUUGUGCUUCAGCAAAAUUUGACCAACAUCACCAUGUCACGAGAGGCGGACCUGGACUUUGCAAGACAGUAUUAUGAAAUGCUGUACAACACAGCUGAUGAGCUUCUGAACCUGGUGGUUGACCAAGGGGUCAAGUACACGGAGCUGGAGUACAUUCAUGCCUUAAAUCUGCUGCACCGAAGUCAGACAGGAGUUGGGGACCAGACCACGCAGAACAUGAGGCUUCAGCGCCUCAAGGAGAUCAUCUGUGAGCAAGCCGCCAUCAAACAAGCCACCAAGGAUAAGAAAAUAACCACUGUGUAAUCGGAGCCUCCGCAAGCUGUGAUGGCCAGUGGCCACUACAUGUAUACUCAGCUUUGUUUUGUUAUCUGUCUUCAUCAUGCAUCCUUCUGUAUGUUAUCUGAUCAAUUCUACACUGAGGGAUCUUACUCUUAGGAAAGUUUUAGGAAAGGGAAAGUUUUCUUUUCUUUAUACUAACCCUAAAGGGAGGGUUUAAAGUGGUGACUCCAAAAGAAUUCAGAGUGUGAGUAGAACUGUUGGGAAUGGUUGAGACCUGAGUAGGGAAGGAAGAAUACACAGUUCCUCUCACUUCCUUAAGCAUAUAAACGCUCUGACAUUUGAAAAGAGAGUCCCUUCCUGUAAUCUCGUUGAUCUAAAAGAUAUUAUAAAGGUUCUAUUUCAUAGACAGUAAGGUUCUUACUCCCUUGAUGCUAUUAAUUUUUAGUACAAUGAAAUAUCUAGCUCUCUGCUCAUCUCUCUUUGCCUUUCUCUUGCCAAGACCCACCAAAGCAGUUAACUGAGUAAUCAAGGCAGGCCGCAGGCUCCAGCAGGGAUGGCCUUCCCUCCACAUCCCAAGAGGAUGGAUCCCCUGCUUCUAUUCUGCCACACACAGGGUAGUUGUGUUGUGGAAUAUUUUGCUGACUGGGUUGUCUUUGUCUCCACUUUUUCUGAACCAAAAGCCAUGACACUGGUGGCAAGGAGCACGAGCAACCAUGGAAGCAGGGAUCCCCCCACUGUCCAAGAGGACAGGAAGAGGACUGGUCAUUUACUGGGCGGUGAACAUGCUGCCUUACUCGCCAAGUCCAAGCCAGGAGUCUCAGAGUCACCCACAGGCCCUGACUCGCCACAUGAAUUCCUCUCUGACUGACUGGUAUUGUCGGUCACCUUUCCUCUAGUUCAGUUUGCCCCGGCCCCGCUCACCAGACUCUUGAGUACUGUUGGUUCUCAUAGUGUAGACAUUGUUGAAAUCUUGGAAGAAGGGCACAUGGUGCAUGUCUGUGCUCCCCAUUCUUUGCAGGUGCAAGGAGAACCUCCACCAUUGUGGCCCCUCUCACUGAUGGUCUUGAAUUUCUCAAACUGCUUGUACAACUUUGGACUUGGAGAAAAUGGAAAAUUAAAGGAUGUUUUGAGAACACUUAAA